AUGUUUAAUUUUAAUAAAUCAAAUAGCACUGGCUCUGCCACUGGUGGGCUAUUUGGACAACAGAACGCUAAUCAAGCUCCAGGAGCUGCAACCGGAGGUCUAUUUGGACAACAAAAUACUAAUCAGGCACCAGGUUCGACUACUGGCGGUCUAUUUGGACAACAGAAUACUAAUCAAGCAGCAGGUUCGACUACUGGCGGUCUCUUUGGACAACAACACGCUAAUCAAACCCCAGGUGCCGCAACCGGAGGACUAUUUGGACAACAGAACGCUAAUCAAGCUCCAGGAGCUGCAACCGGUGGCCUAUUUGGUGCUAAGCCGGCAGGUAGCACUCCCAGCGGUGGAUUAUUUGGAGGCAAUUCUGGUUCAACUGUAGCUGGUGGUGGUCUAUUUGGUGCCAAACCUGCUGCUGGUACAACUACUGGCAAUCUCUUCGGACAACAAAAUAAUAAUCAAGCACCAGGAGCUGCUACAGGUGGGUUAUUCAGCUCUAAGCCAGCUUCUGGUGGCCUGUUUGGCAGUAAUACAUCUACUGCUGCUCCAACAACUGGUGGUCUCUUUGGCUCUAAACCAGCAUCUGGGGGUCUGUUUGGCAAUUCAAUGAAUACAGGAACUACAGCCUCCGGUGGCUUAUUUGGGAACACUAGUUCCCAAGCACCAGCUACGUCGGGUGGUUUAUUCGGUUCUAAGCCUGCAUUUGGUGGUUUGAACACUCAGCAAAGUACUGCGCCAUUUGGUGGAGCUAAUAAUAGUUUAUUUGGUAAUACAGCAUCAAAUAACAUUAUGUCGGGAGGUUUGUUUGGUGGGCAACAACAACAGCAGCAGCAGCAGUCGAGCUUUUAUGCCAUCUCGCAGCUAGCAAUUACACCAAUGACGAAAAUUUCUGAUCUACCACCUCAAUUACGUCAAGAAAUUGAAAACCUUGAUCAAUAUAUACAGAGACAAGUCCAAAUAUCACAACAUUUAAAGGCGGAUGCAGAUGCUCAUCUAGAGUUGAUUACUUCUGUUCCAAGAGAUCUGAAAUUUUUAACAAAGACUCAAUCUAUGACUAAGCAAUUAUUAUCUGAAGAUCUACGAAAAAUUGCGUCAAUAAAAGAAGCUACAAAUCAAAAUGUAAUUUUUACACAACAGUUUGCCGUGUUGUUUCAACAAAUGUUGACACCUGAUAGUAAGAUAUCUUCAAUUGAAUUGGAAAAAUUCUUUCAACAAAAAAUGCACACAUUCGAAACAAAAUUAGACGAUUACGUGAGAGUUUUGAAUGAUAUUGAAAGUACAAUAAGUGGUUUGAAUAAUGAUUUGUUUGGUACUAAUGGCUCUGCCCACUCGGGUAUCAGCUCUUCCGAUAUUAAUGGUAUAUAUGUAAUGAAGAGUGGAUUGAACUCACUAGUCUCCACUGUCACAGAAGAGUUCAAACUAUUCAUGGAUACAGCUGAAAGAGUUGCAGAAUUGCAUCAAAGAAUCAAGGAACUUACAGUCACAAAUUAA